GUUAUAGCUUCACAAUAUGGGCGAAUAUGCCAAAGAUACUCCUAAAAUUGAGGAAUCUACAGAUAAGCCCGACUGGCUUACAUCAGAACUCUUUCAUGAACUUCUGAAAAAAGAUUUUCCAGACUUUGAAAAAGUCAACAAAUUUGUUGUUAAAUCGGCGGUGCCAGCUGGCGAAAACUUCAUGACUCUACUGUUAAGGAUAUCAAUUGAGGUGGAAAUGGUGAAUGGUAAAACAACCUCAACUUCGUAUAUCUUAAAACUCAAACCCAUUGCUGAAGGAAUGCGUUCUUUAAUCACUGAUUGGCAAGUAUUUGAUAAGGAAAAAACAGUUUACUUGAAGUACAUACCAACAUUUGAAGACUUCUACAAAAAGGCAGGGCAAAAUGUCAAAUUUGGCCCGCAACCUUUAGAGCUCACUCAAGCAGACGCCAGUGAAGACAAUAUCAUGUUGGAGGAUUUGAGUUUAAAAGGCUUUAGCAAUGGCAAAAGACAAUUGGGCCUAGACAUGCUUCAUGCAAAGGCAGUGCUAAAAAAAUUGGCCCAAUUCCAUGCUGCUUCGGCACAUUAUGUAAGGGAAUUAGAAGAAUUUCCAUCAAUAUAUGAUCAAAAUCUGGUAUGCACCAAGGAUCUUUUUGAAGAAUAUCGCCAAAAGAUUGGUCGAAUGCUGCGCGAACAUCUUCCACUGUAUGGUGAUGUUGAGCAUUUAAAAGAGAAACUGGAAAAAUAUGUACAGAAACAAUUGGAUCCAUAUCAAUUGAAAUCCAGCAGAAAUCCUAAUGAGUUUAAUGUCCUGAAUCAUGGUGAUCUGUGGGUAAAUAAUAUAAUGUUCAAGCAUAAUGAGGAUGGCUCAGUAGAAGAGACAUAUUUCAUCGAUUUCCAAAUGAGUCGUUAUGGCCCUCCUGCUCAAGAUUUAUUAUAUUUUCUACUGACAUCGACCAAUCUGGAUAUCAAAAUAAAGCAUUUCGAUUCUUUUGUUGCAUACUACCAUCAAGAGUUGAUUGAAAAUCUUGAACUGCUUGGUUAUAAUGGAAAUAAGCCAUCAUUGAGAGAUAUACAUAUAUCACUGUUCAAACAUGAUUAUUGGGGAUAUACCAUAGUCACCAAUCUUCUGCCGGUUUUCCUCAGUGAUGUCAAUGUAGAAAACGAUCCCAGUAAAGAAGAUGAAGUUCGUAAUGCUAUGUACGGCAAUGAGCGAUAUGUUGAGUGUAUGCGAGUAAUGCUACCUUGGUUGGAGAAUCGUGGAGCCUUUGAUUAGAAGAGUUGAUUAAGUUUAAGUUGUAUGUGUAAAUAAGGCCACGGAAACAUUGCGCAACCGCUAGAUGGGUCAUCCCUAUUUUGUCUAAAUAAUCGAGUUUCUUCUGUCAUGUGACAUGUGUAAAACAAGUCGUCACAAACCAUGUCACCAAAAUGAAACCAUUUUACUAUUGCCUUAUGUAAAUCAUGUAGAUAGAACGUUUUAGUACAAUUAAUCAAAUUUACUUACUUUAAUAUUUUAUAUAUUUUGUUGAUUUUGAAGUGUAUUAUUUAUUAACCUUACGUAGGGCUUGUUUUAUGUUUAUUGAUUGUAUCAUUAUAAAACAAUGCUACCUAUCAUACUUAAAAUUGAACUGGUCAGUGAU